CCUCAGCAUCUCCUCCCUCCCUCCCCUUCACAAUCCUCCUUGUUUCAUAUCAGCCCUUCGGUCGGUAUUUUCAACCCACGGCUGCACAACUCCCGCCCGUCGAAGCCAUCUGUCUCUCUCUUUCUCUCUCUCGGACCGGCUCUUUCAUCUCUUGUCUGUGUGCGCUUUUCUCUCCGUCCCGCGCACUGCGUCGCCAUCCUCCUCCACUUCUCGCCGCCGCCCUCGUCAUCUUGAGCAUGGCUGCUACCACCUCGUACUCGGAUGCUUUCAUCGCCGCCCAGCAGAGUGCGAGCGACAACGCCGCCACCGACGCUGCCCAGAAUGGCCUGAAGGAGGAGCAAUGGCAGCAGAAUCUGAACGAGAUCUUGCAGUGUCCCGACUGUCGCGAGUUCCCCCCGAACCUGAUCGAAGAAUUCUCCUCGGGCGACAUGGUCUGUGCCUCGUGCGGCCUCGUCCUCGGCGAUCGCAUCAUCGACACCCGCUCCGAAUGGCGCACCUUCGCUAACGACGACCAAAACAACGACGAUCCCAGCCGUGUCGGUGACUCGGUCAAUCCUCUUCUGAACGGCUCUCAACUCGAGACCAACAUCGCUUUCGAGGGCAGAGAUGCGAGAGAGCUACAGCGUCUUCAGAGUAAGGCCGCCAAGAAGAACGACAAGGACAGUAAGCAGAGCAAUACCGCUCUCCUCGCCGCCUACCGCGAGAUCUCCAACUUCUGCGAUGCUAUGAACAUUUCCAAGACCACCCAGGAUGCUGCCAAGCACAUCUUCAAGAUGACCGACGAUGCCAAGUACUUCAAGGGGAAGUCCUCCGAGGUCAUCAUUGCCGGGUGCAUCUUCAUCGCCUGCCGUCAGUCCAAUGCGCCGAGAACCUUCCGUGAGAUAUUCGCCCUGACCAAGGUCCCCAAGAAGGAGAUUGGAAGAACCUUCAAGAUGUUGGAGAAGUUCCUCCAGGAUGACAAGAACAAGACCUUUGUCCGUCCCAUCAACGACGGCGGUGCGCCUCCAACCCUCAGUGCUACCAACGCCACCGAGCUUUGCGCGAGAUACUGCAGCGGCCUCCGCUUCAGGAAUAACCAUCUCAUGGCGAGAAUAUCGUCCGAGUUGUGUGAGAAGAGUUCCUCGGUUAAGGAUUUGGCCGGUCGUUCGCCCUUAUCCGUCGCCGCCGCUUGUAUCUACAUGAUCUCCCAUCUCAUGGGCGAAGGCAAGAGUUCAAAACAGAUCGCGGGUGUCGCUGGUGUCAGCGACGGUACCAUCAAGACUGCCUACCGCUUCUUAUAUCAGGCUCGAGAUUCCUUAAUAGAUGAGGAGUGGCUCACCAAAGGUGGGCGUCUUGAUCGACUGCCUGUCAACUAGGAGUUGAAACCAUCGAACAAGAUCUCACAGAUGGGACGCGGGGCAAAUAAGGGACAAGGAGUUGUAGAGAGACGUUCAAGCGACAAGGUCAAACUCGAAGACUAUGGUUGGUAGCCCACAGUUUAUCUUGCGCCUUGAAAAACGCCACAUUAUGAUAUCUGGUUUAUGCGAUCACUUUCCAUGGGCUUUUGCCUAUCAUCUCGGUUUACACAGCAUGUGCUUGACACCACGACUGUCUCGAGAUUUCGUAGGAG